AUGCGGGUGAAUUCCGUGCCUUCCCUUGCCAGCCGAGGGAAGUUAAGGGACACCAUUCUGGACUGGGAAGAUUCCCUGCCCGACCGCGACCUCACGCUGGCGGACGAAGCCUGCAGGAAAGCUGAUCUCUCCGUCACGCUGGGGACCUCUCUGCAGAUCAAACCCAGUGGCAACCUCCCGCUGAUCACGAAGAAGAGAGGAGGGAAGCUGGUCAUAGUCAACCUACAAGCAACCAAACACGACAGACAGGCCGACCUGCGCAUCCACGCCUACGUUGACGAUGUCAUGACGAAGCUGAUGAAGCACCUCGGGCUGGAAGUCCCGGAGUGGACGGGGCCGGUGGUGGUGGAAAGCGCCGAGCUCGCCGAGCCCGAACGGCUCUUCAAAUUCGACCCCGGGGCUCGCGGGGUGCUGAAGGAGGAGCCCCUCGCCUCACACAACGGCACGGGUGGGCUGUGCCCUGACCUUGGGACCACGCUGGUGGAGCACCGUGACAGUCUGAAGCAGGAGUGUCCCAGCCCAGACACGGGGCCAACGACGGUGAAGAAGAUGAAGGUGGAGCCUCUCCUCACCUGACCCGGACUGUUCCCUGUCUGUCUAGACACUUGUCUGUGCCGCUUUUCCUACCGACUUUUUUUUAUACCCUUAAACAUUGUCCCUUUUUUUAUGUAAGUAUUAAACACACUUGAAUC